AUGUCCGUCGCUAUCAUCCAAGGCGCCUCAGGCGGGCAAGCCCUCGCGCUCACCUCCCACAUCCUCCGAAACACCGGAAUGAAGGUCUACGCCCUCACCCACGGUAAAGGCAGCGGGAUCCAGGACCACCUCGGCGACCUUGCCAAGGGCGACAGGCUCACAGUCAUCAACGGCGUGGAUCUGAAGGAGGAGCGAGGACUGGAGGACGCUGCAAGGAUGGUCAAGGAGCGAGAAGGGAAGGCUGCAGUCCGGCUCGUGGCUUGCUUUGCCGGAAUCCUCACCGCCGAGAAGUCACUCUCCGCUAUCGACCCCGCUACUGUCCUCUCCCAAUUCCAAGUCAACACGAUAGGCCACCUCCUCACUUACAAGCACUUCGUCCCCCUCCUCCCUACCAAGAAGGAAUGGCGCGAUGUCUCGGCACAAUGGAAGGAUGGAGGUGAUCCGGCAAAGGGGCUGGUGGGCGCCGAGAACAGUCUGUGCUGGUCCAUGUCCGCCAGAGUGGGGUCGAUAUCGGGAAAUGAGAAGGGUGGCUGGUACUCUUACCGAGCAUCGAAGGCAGCGCUCAACCAAGUCAUCAGAAGUCUGGACCACGAGCUCGUCAACAAGUCCUCAUCAGGCGUAGCCGUAGCCUACCACCCCGGCACGGUCCUCACCUCCUUUUCCAAGGCUGUCGUCGGGCAAAACGCCAAGCCGGAUCCCGAGCAUGGUCGGUUCGGUGUCGAGGAGGCGCUGGAGAAGAUGACGAGACUCAUGGGUAAGGUGGAGCGGGACGGAGAGGGGACGGGGUCGUGGGGCGGGGGCUUCUACGACUGGAAGGGGGAGCGAGUGGAGUGGUAA